CGGAGCGGCGGCGGGACGGGCGGAGGCAGCGCGGGGCUCGCCGUGGGCAACCCCAAUGCGUGGACUAUCGGCUGCUGCAUUAUGCUGGAGCUACAGUUCCGCUGAAGGGAGUUUGCACACGGCCGGCUGGGCUGGACUGCAGCGCUGCCGUUCCUUAUGAAGAAGGCACAAACUUGGAUUAUCACUUGCUUUUGUCUUCAACUACUCCUACUUAAUCCUCUUGUCAAAGCCCAGAGUUCCUGCGGGAAUCCAAUCACUGAUGAUGUGAAUGACAUUGCAAAAUUGGUUGGAAAUCUCCCAAAUGAUUAUAUGAUAACCCUUAAAUAUGUCCCGAAGAUGGAUAGUCUGCCUAAUCACUGUUGGUUGCGUUUGAUGGUGCCUGAAUUUUCAAAGAGUCUACUUAAUCUUCUUCAUAAAUUUUCAGAUAUUCCAGAUAUGUCAGAUGUUUUAAGCAACUAUUCAAUCAUCAAUAAUCUCACAAGGAUAAUUAAUGAUCUUAUGGCAUGCCUUUUUUUUGAUAAAAACAAGGAUUUUGUAAAAGAAAAUGUUCACCUUUAUGAAGAAGGUCACUUCAUUCCUGAGGAUUUUUUUAGGCACUUUAAUAGUACCAUUGAGGUGUACAAAGAGUCUGCAGACAGAUUGGAUCAAAAUGACUGCAUUCUGCCUUCAACAGUAGCAACACCAGAGAAUGAUUCCAGAGUCGCUGUCACAAAAACAUUUUUGUUUCCUCCUGUUGCUGCCAGCUCUCUUAGGAAUGACAGCAUUGGCAGUAGCUCUAGCAGUAACAAAGAAGCACUUGGCUUCAUUAGCAGCUCCAGCCUGCAAGGGAUCAGCAUAGCACUGACAUCAUUGCUGUCUCUCCUUAUUGGCUUUAUUUUGGGAGCCAUAUACUGGAAGAAAACACAUCCCAAAUCCAGACCAGAAAGUGAUGAAACCACACAGUGUCAUGACUAUCAAGAGGAAAAUGAGAUAAGUAUGUUGCAGCAAAAAGAAAAGGAACAUCUACAAGUGUAGCUGUUGCUUUUUCUCCCUCAACACUGUUACUGUUUCGUGUACUGGCAGGUAACAGUUCCACGUUCGCUUCAUAAAUGAAGCAGCUUUAAGCACAUUCGUAUUCCUUCUGGAGUGACAGACUGAGUCUGCAUCUGUUGUUGCUGCCCAUGACUCCAUAGACAUGAUACAGAAAUGAGGACAAUUUAUGUUUGUUACUGUGAAAUCAACACUGAAUUGAACAAUGACAAGAAGAGUGUGCACUUAGCAGGACUGUAUCGUACAUGAAUAUCUACCUUGUGUGACAUUUGAGGGUUUUUUAUUGCAUUAAUACUUUCAGCUGACUCUGGCAAACAAAGUAUGGCCUGAACAAAAAAGCAACUUUCAAAUGCCUCCAACUGUGUGUAAUCAUUGCAAGUCAUAAAUACCUUUGCAUCCUUAAUUUAAAUUCUGUGUCCUCUACCUUAAAUUGAUGUCUUCAGAUGAAGGUCUCUGAACUGACAGAAAAUGCAGAAAUGGAUACAGAUUACAUACUCUUCAACACUGUAUAUAAAACUUGAAAGCAAAGUCAUGCCAUGAGCUCGUGUUCUAGACUUAGACUUAUAAGGAGCUGUGUUUAUGCCUGUCAAAGGCUGUGUGGACAGCAACAUGUGGUCUCUAUCGGGUGCCAGGUGGCUGGUUGCCCACCCCAGAAAGCCUCAAGAAUUCAUCAGCGUUGGUGGUCUCUGUUCAGGAGAAGCAAAUACUGGAUGAAGACAAAGUAAACGGGAGGUCAAUGUACCUCAUGGAGCUUCGAAGAAUUAAGAGUAACUGCUGGGUAUGUGAACACUGGUGAAAUUUGCAGUCAUGCUAAGGCAAAGUAAAGAGUCUGAAUUGCAUUCAAACAUCACAAUAAAGACAAACCCAUGAAAUGCAUUUUAAAUUCUGAAGAUGCAUGCCAUUGAUACCUUGUCUUUAAAUGUAUAGCAUAGCAAAUCUGAAAGAUCCUGAGAGUGUAUUUAGCUUUUACUUACAUCAGCUGUAAUUAAUGUUUGCAUUGUGUUUUAAGUGAUUAGUAAGCUUUAAUAUCCUGGCAUUCUCCACUCUUGAAAGUUAAUUCUUUUGAAACAAAAGAGAAAGGCUUUGUUUCCCACCUGUCUUCUUCAUCUAUUACUGUUACAGAAUCCAUAUGAACAGGACUGAUGUACAGAUAUGCAUUUUCAAGUAAAUCCUAAAAAUACCAUGGUAAAAG